UCCUCUUCCUUUUGUGAGGCUAUCGUACUGUAUUUAUUUUUCUCAUUAAGAAAUUUUUAACAAAGAGAAAAUGAGCCGGGAAGGUGGAGAAUGGAUGUGUGGGUCAUGCCGAAAUAUAAAUUUCAAGAAGCGUGACAACUGCAAUAGGUGUCAAUGCCCAAAGUUUUCUAGCGAAGGACAACUUCAAGCGUAUGCUAUGCCAAGAUCAAACGACAUCUUGCCCGGUGACUGGUACUGCAACAUCAUCAAUUGUGGAGCUCAUAACUAUGCAAGCCGGAUUAACUGUUACAAAUGCGGUGGAAUGAGGGAUGAUGGAUAUUGUAGCUACUCUUUUGAUUGCAAUAGCCUCCCUGGAUGGAAAACCGGUGAUUGGAUGUGUGCAAGGUUUGGGUGUAGUGCACACAAUUAUGCUCAUAGAAUUGAUUGCUUCAAAUGUCAAACUCCAAGACAAUCAAUUUCAGGUUGAGGAAUAUUGUCAGACAUUUUCAAACAUGAAGAUCAUGAAGAAGCAACUUAUAUUAUGAAGCUGUUAUUUUGAUGUUUCUCUUUUUUGACUUACAUUCCAAUUUACUAUCUACCUGUUAAGCUCGAUCAUUCCUAGGUUUUGUUACCCAAGACUUAAGAAAUAUGUAUCU